AUGGCCGCCGCCGCCGCCUUUGCAGCGCCCCCGUGGCCUCCUCCCGGCUCCACUCGUGGCCGGCGGGUGCCACAGGGUCCGCAGCAGGCUGCCAGCAGGCCCGAGCGGUGGCUCGCGACGCGACUCGGCUGCGCCGCCUCCUCGCCGCCGAGUGCUGCGAGCGUCGAGCGAGUCGCCGGCGAGCCAUCCGCCACAGCCUUAGCUGCCGGCUGUGACUUCACCCGGCAGAGCCUCGACGACUGCUCGGCGCUCGUCAUCGCGCGCAUGGCCGUGGCGCCGCGUCCAGGCGGCAAGCGCACCGUGCCAUGCCUGCGGCGGCAAGCGCACCGUGCCAUGCCUGCGGUGGCGCUGCCACCGACAGCGCCACCAACACUCACGUACCUGAGGAAACGCCGCCGCGUCGCGUGCGUGGCGCGGCUAUCACUAGCGGCCGGCGCUCGUCGGGUGAUGCCUCGCGGGAAGCAUCCGGACGCGCAGUUGCAAGGCCCAAGGCGCAACCUCUCCCCAGACGUGGAGGCUGUCGUUCGGCGCGGUACUCUCGUGGCCCAGACCCCAGACGGUUCGUGCCUCUUCAAUUCCUUCGCGUACUGCGAGCAGCAAGACGCUGGGUGGCUCUUUGGAGCGGCGACGCCCGCCAGCAUUCGGCGUCAAUGUGCCGAGUGGCUGCAGGAGCACGGCAACUAA